ACUGUGGGUGGGAGCCUCGCUCAAUCUCCACGGCCGGUUCUACAUCGCGGAUCCAUCCGCGCUCUCCGCCUCAGACACGGCAAAUCAGCCGCACUCCCGGGCCAGGCGGAAGCGGCCAGCGCCCGGCAAACAGCAACGGCUCCCUCGGACUAUACCCACACCAAAACCACGGCAGUUCUACGGCUUCCUGGACCCGUCUGAAGGGAGAGGUGGCCCAACAAACAGCCUUCAACACAAGGUACAUCCAUACUUCUUGACCUGUUUCUCAGGACCUAUUUAGAGGGCGACUAAAUGCAACUGGGUCAGUUUGUAUGUUGGCAUGAAGUGGUUGGGCGAAUCCAAGAACAUGGUAGUGAAUGGAAGACGACACGGAAGCAGGCAUUCUUCUGAGCACCAGCAGAGUCAUUCAAAACAUCACAAUUCAGGAAGAGAAAAUUUAAGAAGCAGCAAACAUGUUCCAGACCGAAGAUCAAGUAGGUGUAGCGGAAGUACUGCUGUGUUUGAGACUCAGAGUCGCUAUGUACCUUCUUCAGGAAUGUCUGCCAAGGAACUGUGUGAAAACGAUGACCUUGCAACCAGCUUGGUGUUGGAUCCAUACUUAGGGUUUCAGACACACAAGAUGAAUACCAGGUUUCGUCCAAUAAAAGGCAGGCAGGAGGAGCUGAAAGAAGUGAUUGAAAAUUUCAAGAAAAAUGAACACUUAGAGAAAACCUUUAGAAAUCUGACAUCAGGCGACUGGGCGCGACACUAUUUUCUUAACAAGAACAAAAUGCAGGAAACACUUUUCAAGGAGCAUGUUUUUAUCUACUUGCGAAUGUUUGCAACGAGCAGUGGCUUUGAAAUCUUGCCUUGUAAUAGAUAUUCCUCAGAGCAAAAUGGAGCCAAAAUAGUUGCAACUAAAGAGUGGAAACGAAAUGACAAGAUUGAACUUCUUGUGGGAUGCAUCGCAGAGCUUUCUGAGGUGGAAGAAAACAUGCUCCUUCGUCAUGGGGAAAAUGACUUUAGCGUCAUGUAUUCUACAAGGAAAAACUGCGCCCAACUGUGGCUUGGACCUGCUGCUUUUAUCAACCAUGAUUGCAGACCUAAUUGUAAGUUUGUAUCGACUGGCCGUGACACUGCAUGUGUGAAAGCUCUACGAGAUAUUGAACCUGGAGAAGAGAUUUCCUGUUAUUACGGGGAUGGCUUUUUUGGAGAAAACAAUGAGUUUUGUGAAUGUUAUACAUGUGAAAGGCGGGUGAUGGGUGCUUUUAAAUCUCGAGUUGGACUUCAUGAACCAGGCCCUGUGAUCAACAGCAAGUACGGGCUAAGGGAAACAGACAAGCGCUUAAACAGGCUAAAGAAACUUGGGGACAGCAGCAAAAAUUCUGACAGCCAGUCAGUCAGCUCCAAUACAGACGCAGACACAUCUCAGGAAAAAUCCAACACAUCAACAAACAGAAAAUCUGCUGCUGUUAAAAAGAAUGGCAAAACUAGAGCCUUGAGAAGACAGUCAAUGUCAAGAAUUACUGUUUCAUCCACUUCUACCUCAUCCAAGCUUACUCAUGUAAAUAAUUCCAGGGUACCAAAGAGACUGAGAAAGCCUGUUAAGCCUUUACAUUCAAAAAGUAAAAUGAGACAUCCAUUCAGAAGAUCAGAACAGAAAAACACAUCUAAAAAGCUUGAAGUAAGCAGCCUGGUUCUUAAAGAACCUAAAGUAGUCCUUUACAAAAACUUGUCCAUUAAAAGGGAUAGAGAAAGUGAGGAACCAGUUAAAAUAACAGAAUCUACUGGUUGUUUAACAAGACAUGCAGCAAGAGAAUAUAAAAUGAAUUCCUUCAAAGGUGCUCAUGACCAUGAUGAUUCUUCACCAUGUACAUAUAUCACUCGAAGUUCUGUGAAAACAAGGAACUCUACAUCUGAGAUAUCUGAUGCCAAGCUUCAACCAAAUACAAUGGAUGGUUACAGAAGCAGUCGUGGGUUAAAUUCACAUUUGGACAGAACUGAAUCUCAUGGACAGUCAUUGCAUAAGGAUGAAGUACACCAAGAAACCCAGAAAAGGAGGGAACGCAGACACACGAAAAACGGUUUAUGUAGAUCUAGAAGGAAGUUUCGGCAUACCAAGACUAUAAAAGAGACAUCUAAAGCAGAAGUAUCAACGUCAGUCUUUGAAUCCUCUGACAAAAAUGAGGCCAUGCCUGGUUUGGUAAGUUCUGAUUGUGACUCUUUUGUGGGAAAUGCCAUAAUGGGUAGCCCUGUUGAUUUUAAAGACCACCGGUCCUCAUCAGAUGAGUGCCCAGUGGUCAGUUCAGAAUCCAUGAGGCCAAAAGAAAGUGUUCGAACUGUCAAAAAUAAAAAAAGCAGACGAAUCACAAGAUAUGAUGCACAAUUAAUUCUUGAAAAUAGCACUGGAAUUCCAAAGCUUACUCUUCGUAGACGUCAUGACAGUAACAGUAGUAAAACCAACGAGAAGGAAAAUGAUGGCAUGAGCUCAUCAAAAAUUAGCAUUAAAUUAAGCAAAGAUCAUGAAAAAGACAAGAACAGCUUAUACGUAGCAAAACUUAACAAUGGUUUUAACUCGGGAUCAGGCAGCAGUUCCACAAAACUAAAAAUACAAUUAAAGAGAGAAGAGGAAAACCGGUCCUUUCCUGAGGAGCUGCAUGAAAAUGGAGUAUAUUGUAGCGACACUUUGUCUCUGUUGGGAACAAGGAUGGAAGUGGAUAAAUAUGAUCAUUAUGAGGAAGAAAGCAUUGAAGAGUCAUCUAGUGAAGAGGAAGGAGAGGAUGACGACUAUGAUGAUGACUUUGAAGAUGAUUUUAUUCCUCUUCCACCAGCAAAACGUUUGAGACUUAUUGUUGGGAAGGACUCAAUAGACAUAGAUAUUUCUUCCAGGCGGAGAGAAGAUCAGUCUUUAAGGCUUAAUGCGUGAAGCAUACAUUUUUAGACUGACCAGAACACUCAUUUCUAUUCAACACUUAUGUAAAAAAUAUCUUAUUCCAUUGAAAUAUUCCUAAAGUGAACUUUCUGUAAAUUUUAGACACAGCACUUCAGUACCGUUAGUCCACUCUGAAUUAAAAUUGUAGAAAAUGUACAGCUUGACAACUUAAUUUUUUGAUUUUUAUUGUACUUUUUAAGUCUUCUUACGUGCAAUUUUAAGUUAGAGAAAAAAGAAAAAAAAAGUGGAUUCUGUUGUAUAUCACAGAAGGCAUUUAUACAUGCUUGGCAAACUCUUCAUGCAGGACAGUAGGCUAAUAACAUGGCUACCCAACCAUAUUUGUUUUAACUCAUAGGAAUUUUACAGUGUCAUAAAUGUUAACAAAAAUCACAGUAGACAUUAAAAUUUUUCUAGUAUGUUAUCACCAGCAAUGAAUUUACAGCUUUCAAAUUUAUUUGCUAGAUGUCUUGUGCCCCCAACUUCUGCUUGUCAGGAAUUUGUCUAUUUUAUACUGUAAUGCUUUCCUGGAAGUAAGGUCUGUGGCCUUUGUUAGUAGCAAACUUCAUUGAAAGUCAAAUUAAUUGCUUAAAAACCCAGAUAUUUGACACAAAAAUGGUAUUACGUUUGCAAAUACUUUUAGCACAUUUUUAUGUACAGAGGCUAGCCGUAUGCAGAAUAAAAGUUUGGAUAUGGUGUAUUUAUUGCUUGUUAUAUAAAUGAAAGACAAAAAGUCUUGUAUUUAACACUUUCAACGAUUUCUAGAUAAAAAAAAAAAAAUUGUUCUUUGCAAGAAUAAUUGGUGCUUAAAUUUUUUUUCAUGGGAAAAAAUGCUGUGAAAUAAAAAUGUGACAAGGAAAAUGUACCCAUUUCAAUGCAGCUGUCAACUUUUUUUUUUUUUACUAUUUUUUUUUUGAUGUUGCACUUUGCUAAGGCUGAUAAUUUAGAAUUUUUCUGACAAUUUAGAGUUAUGGGUAUGUCAGUUAAUCAUCUUUUGUAUAAACCUAAAAUUGUAAAUACUAAUGUAAAUACUGUGUGUUGUGAAGAUCUUUUUCCUUUGUUUUCCAUAAAGAACUGAUUUACCAUACCAGAAAAGUUUUUAAGUUAAAUACUUAUGCCAAUAAAAUAGGAAAUUGUAAACCUAA